AUGGAAGAUGAAGACACUUCAGAAGGAAUUGAAUACAAUGACCUGGACGCUGCAGAAAGUGCGAUCCGGCAGAGUACGCUGCAGUCGCACCGGAAGGUUGGCAAGGUUCCUGAGGAAUCCGUUAUCAAAAUCAUCAACGAGAGCAUGGAGACUUUCGCGAAUAAAUGGUCUCCAGCCAAAGAUUUAGAGCUGGUGUCUAAUGCCGACGAGCAAUCUCUUGAUCCAAUUCGUCUAUGGGAGGACGCCGAAGCUCUCGGUCGCAGAGAAGUACUAGUAGAAAAGUACAAAUUCGAUAUUCAACUAUACGAGAGCAAGCUAGACACUCUGGCAGCUGAGAUCUGCAAGAUCCCUCAGAGCUCCGAGAUGCAGGUCCGUCACCACUGUAGAAAUCUCGAGAUGCAUGUGCAUAAUCUCGAACGCACAAAAUGGUUCUUGUCCAUAUACGGAUUACCUCCAGCAGCAUCUGAGCAUGGCAGUACUGAGGAGCAGCACGCAAAUAUGACGCCAGGACCAGCUCGGCAGCAUUUUGAGGUCAUUGAUCUGGGAUCAAGUUCAGAAUCCUCAGAUGGCGAUGACAGAGAGAUGCUUAUUAUCUCAUCGAUUGAAUCGAACGGGAACCUGCUUUCGUCGGUCGCACGAAAUCCAAGCUCAAGGUCACAAUUGCAACAACCCCUCAGAAAUAGGCCUGAAGUAGCGUCCAUUUUGACGGUCUCAAGCUGGAACAUGGAAGACCUAGUUGCUACCAUGGAUCGUAAGAGAGUCAUAAUGAAAGUAAUGCUCGACAUGGGUUCCCAAGAGCGUGAGAUGAUUCACAACAGGAUUAGAGCCUUAAAGAAGUCGAAUCUCCUCAAGGAAAUCAGCACGUGCAUCGAUAUGCUAUUUCACAAUGAGCAGAAGAUGCUGGGUGUAUUGCCAUCAGACCUGCCAAAGAUCAGGACCAUCACCAAUUUCUUCCUCUGCUGGUGGUUCGCCGAUAACUAUAUGUACAAAUUGCCCACUGAAGAACAACUCCACGAACUGGCGACCGAGCUUUACCAGACCGAUGAUCUUGAGCUCUUCUACGACUGGGUACAUUACAUUCUACAUAAAACCUUCAGCGAAGAAGCAUUCCGGAAUGCGCACGCCCCUUCAAAGGAGGAGGUCAUCGUCAUAUCUGACGACGAAGACCAAGCUAUCAAGUCACCACCAGCACAGAGGAAGUCUCAAUCGAAACGAGUGCAAUCACGGCGUAAAACUGUAAUUCUAGAUUAA